AGUUGUUCUAAUUUAGGAGAAUGGAAAAUUACCGGGAUAAUACUGUCUAUGGAGUCAAAUUCGCAAUAAAAUUUUAAAUUUCUCUCUUUUUAUAGUUUGAUUUAACGCGAUAUUUGGUAAUUUAUCAAUGAGAAGCAAUGUCUUUCGUUUGCGGAAAUUGUACAAGGGCAAGAAUAUUGCAGAACAUUAGACCUUCGAUUAGGACUUACCGUAAUACUGCAAGCGCACCAAAUAGUGUCAAUGAAAGCGCAAAACAGCAAGUUAAACACAAAAAACCUAUAUACAAGCAUGAAGAUCGUGAUGUAGUUUGGCAUAAACCGGAAGGUUUCGAUACUGGCAUCAAGAUGUUUAAUAGCGUCACUAGACGGAAAGAAGCCCUAAUUUUACCAAGAGGAAGAAUAGCUACCUGGUAUUCAUGCGGUCCGACGGUUUACGACCAUGCACAUAUUGGACAUGCCAGUGCGUAUAUAAGAACAGAUGUUAUACGCCGAAUAAUGAUUAAUAUGUUCACCUUGGAUAUAAUUAUGGUACUUGGUAUUACUGACAUCGAUGAUAAAUUAAUUAGAAAAUCAAAUGAAUUAGGGAUAACUUACUUACGUUUAGCAAGACAAUUUGAAAGUGAAUUUUGGAGGGACCUAACUAAGUUAAAAGUAAUUCCACCCACAGUAUCGACAAGAGUUACAGAACAUAUACCUCAAAUAAUAUCCUUCAUUAAUCAAAUAAUGUGCAACGGUUACGCCUAUAGAACUGUUGACGGGUCUGUUUAUUUUGAUGUGAAUGCUUAUGGGAGAUAUGGAAAAUUAUGGACCCAUAAGAUGGAUACAGAAAUAAGGGAAUCUGCUGACAAAGAAAAGAAAAGCGCUAGAGAUUUUGCAUUAUGGAAAGCAGCAAAACCUGGCGAACCAUAUUGGGAUUCUCCAUGGGGACUCGGAAGACCUGGGUGGCAUAUAGAAUGUUCUACAAUGGCAAACGCUGUAUUCGGUGAAAAACUUGAUUUACAUUCCGGUGGUGAUGACCUACGAUUUCCCCACCAUGAAAAUGAAAUAGCUCAAAGUGAGGCUUGCUUUUGUAACGAGCAAUGGACAAACUAUUGGCUUCAUCUAGGACAUUUACAUUUGAAAAAUGAUGCAGAAAAAAUGUCAAAGUCAUUAAACAAUACGGUUAGCAUAGCAGAACUACUACAGAAAUAUUCGGCUAAUCAGUUCCGUCUGUUUUGCAUGAUGAGGCCUUACAAACAGACGAUUGAAUACUCGGAUGCUUCUAUGGAGAAAGCAGUUCGUCUGUAUUCUUACUGGUCCUCAUUUGUCAAUAACGCUGACGCCUAUAUUAAAGGUCAAUUGGUUUGUCAGCAGUUAAAUGAAAAUGUACUUUGGGAGUGCCUAUCAGGAACACAAACAAAAAUAGAAAAGGCUCUGGCGGAUGAUUUUGAUACACCAAGAGCUCUGACAGCACUGGAAGACCUUAUCCGUAUAACAAAUGCUCAAUUAAGUAAAAAACUAGUUACUGAGAUAACUGCUAAUACGAGAAGCCCGGCAGUCGUGGCCGCUAUAGUUGCAUAUGUACAAAGAAUUUUGGACUUAUUUGGAAUAGAGAUUUCAAGGAAAAGGAAACAACAAGAUGGUAUCGAAAGAAAUUUCGAUAAUGUUGUUGAAAGUGUCGUUAAAUUUAGAAGUAACAUUAGAAAUUUUGCAUUGACACUACCAAAGAAAAAACAAGACGAAGAUACUAAAAAGGAAUAUAAGACACAGAUGAGACCACUUUUAUCAGUUUGUGACGAAUUACGAGAUGAUUUACAAUUAGCAGGCGUACAAAUACAAGAUCACGGGAAUGUUUCAACAUGGGAUUUACUCGAAGUGUCACCCAUCACGACCAAAACCGCGCUGAAGAAGGCAGUCAAGAACCCGAAGCCGCUCUAAAUGAACAAUUUUCUUCCUUAACCUUAGAUAGCACACCGAAAUCUCUAUGACGAUUUCUUUUAUCCAAAUCAUGCAGACUUUGUUGAAGAUUGAUUGAAGUUUUAAUCGCUGAAAUAAACCAGUUCUUUAGAGACUCUUCGUAAAUUGUUAUUGGAAGAAUUGAGAUUAUUAUUGAUUGUACUGAUAACAUUAAUAAGUGGAUAUCAAAGAGAUAAUUUCCCAGUAUAAUAUAUCAAUUGAUAUACAUAAAGCAAGAUUUACAAUUUAACUGGUAAAUUUGUUGAUACUACUAGUAAAGUUAUUCAACACUAUUGAAGAAUAAAGACUUAUAUAAUGUGCAUCUUACUUAGUGCAAAGAGCGAGAGAAAAGAGUGGGAUAGAGAUAGAGAGUCUAUGAAAUAAAUGCCUCUUAUACUUUAUCUUCAGAUUCUCGUCUUAAAGGAUUUAUUAACUACAAUUACAAAUGAUUUGAAGUACUAUAUAGAUCCUGUCUUUAUUUCAGGCAGUCAAUAUUUCUCGCUGACUGCUGUCUGUUUUAUUUUCUCGCUCUCAUCUCCAUUAUUUUCUUUUUUGUUCAGUCCUUUUCCUGACAGUCUUACACCUUUCCUUUCUCUUUUUAUCUUCUCUUCCUUAUAUUCUCUUUAAUUAUCUAUCCCAUAAAUGUCAUUAAAAUUAAAGUUUCCUGUAAAAAAAAAAACCGCAAAUGAAACAGAUUGAUCACCUUUUCUUCUCACUACUGUAUAAUUCUUUUCCCUAGAUGGAAAAUUAGCGUCUAAGAAAAAAAUGAGAACCGAA